UUCAGUUGAAUCAGUUUUGGAAUUGCACCAGGCAGUAGAGGAGUUCAGUGCAGAGGUCCCAAGAGCCAUUGCUUUGUCUGUGGUUCAGGCAAUCAGCACUGACAAAAUUCCUGAACCAUCUCUCACCAUCACUAAAGCUCAAGGAAAGACAACCAAAAACAGGCGAGAGAGAUUCUAUUUCCCUAGUUGUUGUCCACAGAAGGCUCAAAAGAAAGACAAAGUGAGUUCCGUUUCUACUUUGUCUGACAAAGCUAUGUUUGUUGACGACGUGUACCAGGACCUGCUCCAAGAAAAGGGAUCUGCCAUAAAAUUGUGCCAAUCAGCUGAACAAUUGCACCUUGCGGUAGACGAGUGCAGUGCAGAGAGAAUCCCCCAAUACUUGGGUCUUAGUCAAAAGAAACCAGAGACAAUGUCCCUUGUAAGUCUUGCUUCAGACAAAACUAAUUCUCAGGAAGAUGUACAAGAAUUUCAGGCCACUUCAAGUCUAUCCACGGAGGCAAGAAUCCCAUCCCCAGUGGAAUUGAUCUCCAAUGGGUCUGUGCACAGUGUAAUGAAUGCCCUUCUCUCGAAAGUCAAAGAGAAUUCAGUUGAAUCAGUUUUGGAAUUGCACCAGGCAGUAGAGGAGUUCAGUGCAGAGGUCCCAAGAGCCAUUGCUUUGUCUGUGGUUCAGGCAAUCAGCACUGACAAAAUUCCUGAACCAUCUCUCACCAUCACUAAAGCUCAAGGAAAGACAACCAAAAACAGGCGAGAGAGAUUCUAUUUCCCUAGUUGUUGUCCACAGAAGGCUCAAAAGAAAGACAAAGUGAGUUCCGUUUCUACUUUGUCUGACAAAGCUAUGUUUGUUGACGACGUGUACCAGGACCUGCUCCAAGAAAAGGGAUCUGCCAUAAAAUUGUGCCAAUCAGUUGAACAAUUGCACCUUGCGGUAGACGAGUGCAGUGCAGAGAGUAUCCCCCAUCACUUGGGUCUUAGUCAAAAGAAACCAGAGACAAUGUCCCUUGUAAGUCUUGUUUCAGACAAAACUAAUUCUCAGGAAGAUGUACAAGAAUUUCAGGCCACUUCAAGUCAAUGCACGGUGGCAAGAACCUCAUCCCCAUUGGAAUUGAUCAGCAAUGGGUCUGUGAAUAGUGUAAUGAAUGCCCUUCUCUCGAAAGUCGAAGAAGAUUUGAUCGAAUCAGUGUUGGAUUUGCACCAGGCAGCAGGCGUGUUCAGUGCAGAGGUUCCCAGAGCCAUUGCUUUGUCUGUAGUUCAGGCAAUCCGCACUGACAAAAUGCCUGAGCCAUCUCUCACCAUAACUAAGGAUCAAGGAAAGACAACCAAAAACAGGCGAGAGAGAUCCAAUUUCCCUAGUUGUUGUCCACAGAAGGCGCAAAAGAAAGCCAAUGUGAGUUCCGUUUCCACUUUGUCUUACAAAGUUAAGUUUGUUGAUGAUGUGUACCAGGAUCUGCUCCAAAAAAAGGGAUCUGCCAUAAAAUUGUGCCAAUCAGUUGAGCAAUUGCACCUUGCAGUAGAUGAGUGGAGUACAGAAGUCCCCAAAGCCAUUGCUUCGUCUGUGGCUAGAGUGAUUAGCGUAGAACAAAUGGCUGAGUCAUCUCUUAACACUAUUGCUCAAGGAAAUCAAACCAAUAACAGACAAGAGAGAUCCUAUUUCCCUAGCUUUUGUCUGCAGAAGAAGAAAAAGCAAAACAAAGCCGAACAGAGUUUCACUUCUACUUUGUCUAACAAAGCUAAUUCCUCUUGUCCCCAAGAAGUCCUACCCCAAGUAUGUGGCAGUGCCUCCCCAAGUCUAUGCAAUACAACAGAAACUCAGUCCACAGCUAUAGGAACUCCAUCUACACCCGUGGUUUCCUUUUCCAGUGGGUCUGUGCAUAGCUUGGUAUGUGCACUCCUCUUGAAGAUCCGGAAGAAUGCCGAUGGAUCUCCUCCUCAGUCAGAGCCAGAGCUGAUUGAGAAAGCCCUGUCUGUCAGUGGAUCUGUGUUGACGCUGUUGGCAGAGGUCAACGGAAUGUCCGUUGAUGAGGAAUCAUCUACCCCUAUUCGGGCACCUCCUGAUGAGGUAGUUGAAGCAGUGUACAAGGACCUGCUGCAGGAAAAGGGUUCUGCAAUCGAAUUGCACCAGGCAGUGGAGCAGUGCAGUGCAGAGGUCCCUAGAGUCAUAGCCUGGUCUCUGGUAAAGGAGAUAAGCACGACUCCCCCCAAUGAAUUCCUUGCUGCCCCAGCUUUCCUCCUCUCCUCUGUGCUGCUUCUCUCCGGACAUCCAAGUAAGGCGAUCUCAUUAUCUGGAAAUUCCAAAUCACUUGCCGCAGCAGCAAGUGAUAGACUCCCUAAGGAUGAGAGUCAGAAGAGGUUUGGCUUGUUGCCAAAGCUGCCUAAGACACAUAAAAUGCAGAAGAUGCCAAAGUUGAAAGCGAAGGUAUGGUUUGAAAGUCUUUGAAUUAAUAACACUUUAUUUAGUUAAGCGUCUCUAUUUUGACAUUUUAUGCUGUUUGUGUGAACCAUCAGUUUUAAUUGUUAGUGAAUUACAAUUAUUGGGAAUGAUCAGAAUUUCUGUUUCUGACAGCUUUGUGACUUGUGUUAACACUUUUCUAUGACCUUCCAGAACAAAGUGGAUCCACUGGCCAUCUACCCCUCUUUUGAUCUUCUGAGAGAGGAUCCACUUGAGGACACUUAUGAUCAUUCAUAAGAGGAUCUAUUGGAAGGCACCUCUGAUGAUCAUACAAAUGACUUACAGUGCAGCUGUCCUUUUACAUCACCUCCCAACCCAUUGGAGAAGAACUGACAUUCUGGCACUGGCACCAAAAGACAGUCUCUCUUCACUAGCAUUGCCAGUGUCAUCACCAAGGCCUUCACUAGAGCACUUCACCCAGUCAUGACCAGGUCUAGGACCAUCUGUAGUAGUAGUUAACUUGACCACCUGAUAAUUCAAGAGAGGAUCCACUGGAUCUUCGGACCUUAUGAUCAUCCAUCUUUGUUUAGAUAAAUUGGAUUCUGAACUAACAAGUUUAUCAUUCCAUUCUUAUUUUAGGUUGGUAGCCACACAAUUACAUUUAGACUUUAGCUAGGUUUCCAUCCAAUUGGCGACAGAUUUGCAUGCAAAUAUUCUAAAUUCUGCAUUAAAAACAAUGUGCGCAUUUUUCCAACAGUGAUGUUUUCAUCAAAUGACGUAGUGCACAUAAUACCUUUUGCGGUACUGUUAAAUUCCCAUGUGUCGAAUAAGAAAUACAAAUUAAAUGGAUUUUCAACUCUGAUGGUUCUCACAAAAAGAAAUGUGCGCUAUGUAGCAGAUGUUUCCACUCCGGUAUUGGCACAUGCACUCUAGCCAACAGCGUGCAGAUACAAGAUCUGUGCGCUGUUGGCUAGAGCGCAGAUAUAGCCUACAUUAGUGGUUUCCAACCAGGGGUACUUGGCCUAUCCAGAGGGUUCUUCAGAAGACUCAUGAGACCAUAGGCCUACUGGUAAAAUUGCACAAGGGGUUACUUCUGGGCUACUCCAGGCAGAGCAAAAUUCAGUUGGUGGUACAGUAAUCAAAAAAAGGUUUGGAAUCACUAGCCUACAUGAGAUUAUGGAUUAUUCUUAUUUGUCAAGCGGCAGCAAAACAUCGUUGAUCAUGUCAUCAGCAUAAGACACUCAACAUUUAUUGGAAAGGAGAAUCAAACUCAUCACCUUGCACUUUCAAUCUGUAGCAUAAUAAACUGCAUGCUUUCCCUACAAGUCGUAGGUGGAGGACAUGUCAUCUUGUGACUCCAAGUUGACUUCGAUACGAUGGUUACUGUAUAAUUUCUCGCAUAAUUCAUUUUACAGACAGAAAAAGAUCCCAUUUUGUUUUGUUGACAUUUAUAAAGAAGCCAAAUGUUUCUCUCCAUCUGUCCUGACAUUUUAUCCGACAUGUACUUUCGUCGCAUAAAAAGAUUGGAUGGAAACCUGCUUUAUAACACUAUCAAACUGCAUCUCUGAUUUCAGUUUUGGAGGAUGCAGAGGCCUGUCACAGUUUAAAGCAAUAGCUCCAGCCCUCAUUUGACAUGUUGCCGAUUACUGAGAUAAAGGCUUGAUGGGACAUCUUAAACAAC